AUGGCGGCUUAUGCAUCUCUGCUCUCUCUUAUGCAGAUUUUCCAUCAGCUCCAGCAUCAUCCUUCGCCUCCGAUUUCUAUGGACAAAAAACAAGUUGAAUCUCUCACUGAAAUUGUUAUGUUCUUGCAGGAAUUUCUCGAAGGUUAUAAGUCUCCUUAUGCUGAUGGCGAUGAAGCAGAUCCUUUGGAGAUGCACAUCGCUGAUUCAGUCUAUGCAGCUGAAGAUAUCAUUGAAUCUCAUAUUGUCCAUCAAAUUCGGCCUUCUGUCUUGGUCUGGUACGAGGCUCUGAGUGAUGUGAUCGAAAGCAUGGGUUUGAUCAACGAAUCAUCAGCACUCAUACUGGAAACAAUUGUGUUUCAGAUUCGGUGUUUGAGAAAAGACAAGGUGAUAAAAGACAUGGAUUGGAUCAUCGCAGUCAAAGGUGAGCUGUUGCAGAGACAGGCCUCAUCAUCGGCUGAUUCCUCAACAUCUGUAGACUUGUUGUAUGAGAGUGAGGUGAAGGUGAUAGAAUACAUGGAUUUGAUCCGGAAAGAAGUGAUGCAGAUCUUUGCACUUAAAGAUCAGCUGAAUAGAAUAUACUCAGAAUCUGGUAUCCCAAGAGCUCCAGUCUUUGAGAGUCUGGUAAAGGUGAUAGAGGGCAUGGAUUUGAUCAAGAAAGAAGUGAUGGAGAUAGUUGCACUCGAAGAAGAGAGGCGAGUCUCAACAUCUUCAAACUUGCAUAAGAGUUUGCAGAAGGUGAUAGAAGACAUGGACGUGAUCAAGAAAGAAGUUGUUGCACUCAAAGAUCAGCAAGUCUCAUCAUUUGCUAGCUCAUCAACAUCUUCUAAGGAAUCUUCUCUUUCUAUGCUGAACAACACAACCAUGGUGGGCUUUGAUGAUGUCAUGCUCCAACUCAUGGAGAAGCUCGUUUAUGGAGAACUUGGUCGCCAAGUCAUCCCAAUCGUAGGGAUGGGAGGAAUUGGUAAGACCACUCUUGCCGAACAUGUUUAUGCACAUCAAUCUAUUAGUCGUCAUUUUGAUAUUUGUGUUUGGGUUACGAUUUCACAACAAUAUGACACAAAAGAUCUUCUUCGUGAAAUUCUAUCCCAAGCCAAUAAACAAGGGUCAAGUCAAAUAAGUAAAGAAGAUGAAAUAGGACUAGCACUCCACAAAUGUUUAUCAUAUAGAAGGUAUCUAAUUGUGUUGGAUGAUAUGUGGAGUAUUGAGGCAUGGGAGAAGCUACAACGCUAUUUUCCCGAUAAUAGUAAUGGUAGUCGGAUAAUGGUGACAACUAGGCUAUCAAAUUUGGGAUCUCAGUUGGAUACCAAUUAUGACCUUGAAAUGAAAUUUAUGGAUGAGAUUAGUAGUUGGAACAUGUUCUGCAAAAUUGUGUUUAGGGGGAAAAGUUGUCCUUUGGAAUUGGAGAAAAUUGGAAAGAAAAUUGUGCAUAGUUGCAAAGGACUUCCAUUAUCAAUUGUUGCAAUAGGUGGUCUUUUGGAAACAAUGGAACAAACAAAAGAAUGUUGGGAAUCUAUUAGGGAAAGCAUGAGUUCAUUAGUGAAUUUGGAGAAUGAUAAGCAUUGCUUGAAAAUAUUGAAGCUGAGCUACAAUCAUUUGCCAGUCUAUCUUAAACCAUGCUUUCUAUAUUUGGGAAUGUUUGAGGAGGAUAGUAAAAUUCGAGUGUCGAGAGUCAUCAAGCUAUGGGUUUCGGAAGGGUUUCUAAAACCAAUAAGCGGCAAGAGUUUGGAAACAAUUGCAAAAGAGUACUUAGAUGAACUAGUUAACAGAAAUCUGAUUAUCAUUCACAAGUUGGGGUCAACUGGAAACAUGAAGUACUGCAAAAUCCAUGAUCUAUUAAGAGACCUUUGCAUAAAAGAAGCUCAAAAGGAGAGGUUUUAUGAUGUGGUCAGGCCACAUAGUCCUCAAGGCACGUGUAGCCAACGACGUGUAGCUAUUCUGGGAAGUACUUCAAAGGAGAAAGUGAUAGAUGCCAUGAAAUCUAGACCAUAUGCUCGUACAUGUAUAAGUGAUUCUGAAAAAGUUGAACUAUUGUCGUAUUGGAAAUUGUUGAGGACAUUGAGACUACGCGAUGAGGGUCGAUUUCCUGGGCACUCUCUGGAAAAAUUAUAUGAGUUGGUUAACUUGAGGCUUCUUGUAGUUCGUUUUCACUACUUUAGCCAAGUUCUUUCUUCCUUGAAUUUUCUCUGGAGUCUACAAACAUUAAUUGUUUUUUCUUCUGAAAUAACAAUUAAUGCACCAGUUGAAAUUUGGAACAUGUCUCAACUGAGGCAUGUUAAGGCCGAGGAUUCAAUGUUGCUUCUCCCGGAUCCUCCGAGUGACAACAUUGUGAUCAUGGAGAAUCUACAAAGCCUGAAAGGAAUACUGAAUUUAAAGUGUGAUGAGAUGAUGGUUCGUAGAAUUCCCAACAUUAAGAAAUUGGGACUUCAGUAUUACGGAGAUGGAAUUACUGGAUUUAGGGAAAUCGAGUCUCAUGGCGAUCACUUUUGUGUCCAGAAUAUCAAACUUCUGCAAAAGCUGGAAUCUCUUAGCUGCGCGUUUAGGGAGCCUUCAAGAUCUGAUUUGUUUCGAAAGCUUACCUUUCCGCACUCUCUUAAGAGUCUGACUCUUUCGAUGUUUGUAAAUAAAAUUGAAGACGUAUUGGAUAAGGUAAGUACGUUACCUCUUCUUCAAAAGCUCAAGCUGAGAGGUGGAUACUUUGCAACACGCAAAUGGGAAACAGUUGAAGACGGGUUUCUUAGUCUCAAAUUUUUGUCACUAGACAUCAGAACUUUGGAAUGUUGGACGAUGGAAAGCUCUCACUUCCCAUGUCUCGAGCACCUUCAUCUUCGCGACAUGCACCAUUUGAAGCUCCCUGCAGAAGUUGGUGAAAUUCCGACACUGAAAUCCGUGGUGUUGAGGGAAUGCAGCAUAUCAGCAGCGAAGAGUGCGAAGAGAGUGGUAGAGGAACAAGAGGAAUUGCAAGGAGAAGAUCAACUAUCCUUUAAAGUUGAAGUUAAAAUCAGCUGCAGUGAGGACUAUACGCUGCUGCGGAGCUUGGCAACUCCCAACUUCAAAGUUGUUUGA